AAGCCAUGUUCUCCCAUGUGUCUUCUUCUGUCUUUCUGUUUCUCCACCUGACUCUUUUUUUAUAACCACUACAUUUUUCUAUUUUGUUUCCUUUUCUUGAAGCUUUGAAUUGUAGGCAGGGAGAUGAAAGGAGAAGGGAAGAUGUUUCUUAUGUCUAAGCUGAAAUGGGUUGGUUUAUUUGGUCUUGUCCUUUCAGCUUUCUCUAUUGGUGUGCACUUGUUGCUUGCUAGGUUCACGGUGGAUGGAGUUGGGGAGUACCAGUCUUCAAUCACAAUAUUUUCCUGGAGGCCCAUCUUUGAAAAUGCAGACCUUUCAAGAAAUAGUCCAUUGUAUAGAAGGCUUUGGGGUACAGUGAGACCACUGGAAUCCUUACAGCCUAAUGCAAAUCCCAGAGGAUACUAUGCGGAUCCCAGUGCACGGACAACGGGGUUUAUUUUUGUCAGAAUACAAGGUGGUUUCCAUGAGAUUAGGAACUCGAUAUGUGAUGUGGUUUUAGUUACUCGAAUUCUCAAUGCUACCCUAGUUAUUCCUGAGAUUCAAUCAACAACAAGCAGUAAGGGAAUCAGCUCUCAGUUUAAGAGCUUUGCAUACCUCUACAAUGAGGACCAAUUCAUGGCAGCACUAGCCAAAGACAUCAAUGUCGUGAAAACCCUUCCAAAAGGCCUUAAAUGGGCAAGGAGAAAGAAGGAGAUCCCAAGUUUUAGAGUGCCAUAUGCAGCUUCACCAUAUUUUUACUUGCACAAUGUGCUUCCUAUGCUAAUCAAGCAUUCAGUGGUUGAACUGGUUGUUUCUGAAGGUGGCGGCUUGCAGGCCAUUCUUCCUCCCCAUCUCGAAGAGUAUCAAAGGUUGAGAUGUAGAGUUGCUUUUCAUGCUCUACAGUUCCGGGACGAGGUCCAGGAAUUGGCAACUAAGAUAUUGCUGAGGUUACGAGCUCCUGGACGUCGAUUUAUAGCCUAUGAUCCUGGAAUGACUAGAGAUACUUUAGCAUACCAUGGUUGUGCUGAACUCUUCCAGGAUGUGCACACUGAGCUCAUUCAGCACAGACGAGUUUGGAUGAAAAAACGUGGGAUAAUUAAGGGGGAGCUUUCUGUGAAUUCAGCAAAACAACGCCUUAAAGGUUCAUGUCCAUUAAUGCCUGAAGAGGUUGGAAUUCUUCUUCGUGCAUAUGGAUACUCGUCUGAUACAAUUAUAUAUGUCACUGGAGGAGAAGUUUUUGGAGGUCAAAGGAUACUUGUUCCCCUUCAUGCCAUGUUUGAAAAUGUUGUUGAUAGGACUUCACUUAGCACAGGUUGGGAGCUCAACAGAAUUUAUGGCCGUGAGGCAAAACUUGAUGGAAACUACCCAAGGACUCCACCAUCUGUUGAGGUAGAAAUGAAGAUUGAUGCAUGGAAAAAUGCUGGUCCUCGUCCCCGCCCCCUUCCUCCUCCUCCAGCUCGACCCAAGACCUAUAACAUUGAAGGGUGGUGGGGUUGGGUGGCUGAGAGUGAUAAUGAGCCUGAAAGCACAGUGGUGGAGUUGAGGACUAAUGCACAUAAAUUACUCUGGGAUGCCAUAGACUAUCUGAUUUCCGUUGAAGCUGAUGUUUUCAUCCCAGGCUUUGAUUCAGAUGGCAAGGGACAUCCAAAUUUUGCAAGUUUGGUGAUGGGGCACAGGCUUUAUCAGUCAGCUGCAUCAAAAACUUACAGGCCAGACAGGAAGGAAGUUGUUAAACUUUUGGAAGAAAUCAAGGGCCACAUGUAUCAUGCAAACCAUACCUGGUUAACAUCAAUAAGGAGGCAUUUGCGAAGCAGUUUACUUGAUGGACUAAUAGCAGCAUCCAAUAAAUCAAAGUCAUCGUCAUUUCUGGCUCAUCCAGUCCCAGAAUGUUCUUGCUUGAGGUAUGAUUCAGUGGAAAAGUCAACUAAUGCUUCUGCAAAUCACUUCCAAGUUAAGGCUGCUCUAGGAGUAGUACACCAUUGCCCUGCAUGGAUGCUUAGAGAAAUGGUCCCAAGGUCAAAGGACAAGGAAAAUGAAGAGGAUCUUGAUGAAAAUGAUUCAUCCUCCUCUGGAUUGUUUUUCCAGCAUGCCAGUGGAAAUCAUGUAAGUGGAGGUGAAGAAAUAAUCAUCAAAGAAGAAGCUCAGUUAGAGGAUCAAGAAGAACUAGAAGGUGGAGAAUAAGAAAUGGAGCUAAGCUAAUGUUAGUUCUUCAUGUUCCAGGCAAGAGGCGUCAGCCUUGCUGUGGUUGUGUAUAUAAAUCAAACUUCCUCUGCUAAUAAGGAGUAAGGUAGAAAAUCUCAGCAUCUGUUUCAAGCUGAUGAAAACAGUGAAACAAUUCUAGCUUGUCUCAGUUUAGAUCCAUCAUAAAGUUGACUUGCACAAUGGAUUCAAGCUCUUCCUGGGACAGGCUAUAGCGCCUUUCAGUAUGCCAGAGCCAAGGAAUUUUGACUAGCCUAGCAUUUUGUUUACCAUUUUAAGAAGAAUGUACCUGUCUUUCCAGGAAAUGCUCUAAUUCUCCCAGACAUUUCAUGCUUGAGAUUAAUGUAAACAUCUUAACAUCAAAACAAGAUGCCCUUCUAGGAAUCCAUUUUUGAAUAUAUUAAUUCUUUUGGAUCUUGUUUUAUUAACUCAAACUUCUCCCAAGUAGAGUUUUGAAUAUGAAUAUUUUGAGAGAGAUUCUCAGAAUAUGGAUUUUUUUGCAGGAAGAUUAUUGUGAAAUGUCAAGUCCAAGAGCAGUGCAGACAGGACAGCAGAGCAGCUAAGCAUUUUUCUGCUGCUCAUAAAGUAAACUUGGGCUGAUUCCGGGAUGCAACUGGAGGAACUAAUGACGGCUGCUGCUGCUGCAUAACAUUUAGAAAGAAAGUCAUGGUUAAACCCAGAAAACAGCAAAUCAUGCUGCUACAUGGGGUAUAAAAUACAGGUUGGAGUGACCGUUUGUGUUGUAAUUAGGAUGUAUAACACCUCAAUUAACUAAAUAGUUUAGU